AGGGGGCGCUCAUUCCACCAGUAAAGCAGAUAGAAUUGACACAAGCUCGGCUGCAGUAUUUGGCGAUUUACAGGUCGCCAAUUGUACCAAAAAAUAUCAAGUUAUCAGUCUUUCACAUCCCACUCUAAACACACUAACACGGCAUUGAUGGUAAUGUAUGCAAGGAAACAACCGAGACUCGGCGAUGGGUGCGACCGAAGAGAUUCUCAGCCCUAUCAGACUCUCAAAUACUCGUCUAAGAGCCAUCCAGGGGGCGACCACCGGCAUGAAAAGAUGCGAGAUUUGACAGAUGUCACUCCUCCAUGCAAAGUGCUCAGAAGGACUGACAGCCCUGAAAACAAACACAUAGACAUCACAGCACAAAGCAGAGCAAAGGCUGUCCAUACACACCGUGCCAGGGACAGGGAUGGAGGGACCAGCUAUUCUCCACAAGAGAAUUCUCACAACCACAGUUCACUUCAUAGCUCCAACUCUCAUUCCAACCUCAGCAAGACCUCAGACACGCUAUAUGAACCUGGGGAUGACUGGUCAGAGCACAUCAGCUCCUCUGGGAAAAAAUACUAUUACAACUGUAGGACAGAGGUGUCACAGUGGGAGAAGCCCAAAGAGUGGGUGGAGAGAGAACACAAACAGAAAGAGUCAACUAAGGCUGCAGUUGUCAACAGUUUUCCCAAAGACAGGGACUACAGAAGAGAGACUAUGCAAAGUUCCACUGCCCCUGGGUUUACAACUACAAAGUCGGCACAUGUAGAAAAGCCUCCAAGCACCCAGACCCAGUCUUCAUCAUCGUCAUCUUCGUCAUCAUCCGGGUCUGGGAGCUUGAAUCCCUCCACAGGACCUCCUGGAUCAUCAGCAUCAACAAUACCUGUGUCCCCAGUCUUACAGUCACCCAUCCCUCCGCUACUACAGGACCCCACCUUACUUCGCCAGCUUCUCCCAGCACUUCAGACUGCUCUACAGCUCAAUAAUGCCAGCGUGGACAUGGCAAAAAUCAAUGAAGUUCUCACAGCUGCUGUCACACAAGCUUCCUUACAGUCGAUGCUUCAUAAGAUUCUUACUGCUGGACCAUCAGCUUUCAAUAUCACAACUCUUCUUUCUCAAGCUGCUCAGCUGUCCAACCAAGCUCAACAGUCAAACCAGUCACCAAUGUCAUUAACUUCAGAUGCCUCAUCACCCAGGUCCUACGUUUCUCCAAGGAUUAGCACACCACAAACCAAUGCUGGUCCUCUUAAACCUCUCCUCAGCACACAGCCUAUCAUGUCACAAGCAAAAGUGAGUGUACCACCUGUGAAGCAGGCAUCACUUCCCCAGCCCACUCCUCAGCAACCCCUCUCCAGUGAGAAGCAGCACACGCAUGAUGCCACCACUGCAUCGCCUCGUACCCUGCAGCGCCAAAGCAGUCACAGGAGUCCAUCACCAGGUCCCAACCAUGUCUCCUCCAGCAGCAGCAACACUCCCAACUCUGCCUCUGCUGCUCCCACCUCCUCAACAUCCCGGCCCGCUUGCUCCUUCACCCCCACCCUUGCUGCCAACUUUAAUGAGAGUCUCAUUAAACAUGUCCAGGGAUGGCCUGCAGAACACGCAGAAAAGCAGGCUUCAAGACUACGUGAAGAGGCCCACACCAUGGGAAGCAUCUGCAUGUCUGAGAACUGCACCGAGCUCAAAAACUUAAGGUCCUUGGUCCGAGUCUGUGAAGUACAAGCAACAUUGCGUGAGCAGAGGAUAUUGUUUCUGCGACAGCAAAUCAAAGAACUUGAAAAGUUGAAGAAUCAGAAUUCAUUUAUGGUCUGAGAACUUGUUGGUGAGGGUCGGAGUGAAGAGGAAAAGGGGACAACCCAUUGCACAUAGUUGGAAGGUGGACUGAGAACAACGUUUUGGUUCCUCUCAUCCUCAGUGUCAACACAUGGGAGCUGCAGUCUUGCUGGCUUUGGACCGUUGAGCUGGGCAAAGUGAGAUGCUGUUGCUGGAGGGGUGGGGUAAUUUACAAGACUCUGUUUUGUAAAAACCCAAAUUGUAGAUUUCUUGUAGAUGUUAUCUAUGUUGUAAAUAUGUUUUGUAGAUUGAAGCCAUGGAAAGCCAUGCCUAUCAAAGCUUUUGACAUCUCAACUAAUCAGCACCUAGGCGGCUAUACCCAUUAGCUAGCCUUUCCUCAAUGUUAACCCAUCUGCAGACUUUAAGCUUCAUUUCCUCAGUAUGUACAGUAGAUCCUUGAACCAUUGCCAUGAGCAUGUGUGUGACCUGUAAAUGGAGCACGGUUUAAGCCAUUUGUUUACAGAUGACUAGUAUAAACCAAUGCUGGUGUCGGUGUUGUUUCUUCAUAUACUGGUCGUUUGAUUAAUCUGUAGAUGAGACCCCCUCCACCACCCUCAGGAUGAGCUGUCACUGGCCGCUGCGUGGAAAACAUCCCUUCUUUUGCAGGUCCAGUUUAACUGCUCAUAAUGGUUCAGCGAUCUAUUUGCAGCUUCUUGUGGCCCUGCAUUUCCCAAUCUGAGUGGAAAAACAGUGCCUGGUGGUGUGGUGGAGUGAGUGGGGAAAUGGAUAAAAAAAAAAAAGUGUGCUGCUUUGGAUCAUUCCCUCUGGCCCCUGCCCUGCCCAACUGCCACAUCCUUUGAGUGACAGCAAUCAACACUCACCACUUUAAACCCUCCUCUUUUUUUUGUCUUCCAAAAAUUGGUUUUUAUUUUUAUUAUUUUUUUUUUUCUUCACAAGUGAUGAGCUGUACUUUUCAAGGUGAGAUGGUACCAAUCAUUCAUUCCUCUGUACAGUCGCAAAGAGUGGAGUUCUGGGAAGAGGACACAGACUAAAAAUGUUUUGCAAGUAGUAGUGAUGACCAGUAUAGUAUAUCACUAUAUGUUAUAAAUGAUAACCACACAUUUUCAUUUGCACCCAGUUCAGGAGCGGUAUGAGUGCUACCCGAAAGGAAGAAGCAAGAGUCGCGCACUUUGGCGACAGAUUUGUGUCAGUCACCAAUUCAGUACUCUUCAGUCAGAUCAGGGCAGUGAGAGGUCACAAGGUCAAAUGUGAAAUGUAUGUAUUUUAAUAAACAUAUUAAACAUAAA